GUGCGACCUCCCUCUACUGGCAGUGGAGCUGCUGUGUUUCAACGCCUCCCGCCUGCUCGCCUUCAUCGACCUGCACCCCACGUCACCCCACCAACUCCACCGCCUCACCCAGGGGAACCUCCUCCCGCCCACAGUAACAGCCCGUCUGAACACCAUUCGCCAGCAGCACGCCCAUCUGCUCACGCCCAUGACGGCCCGCUUCUUCGCCACUGACUCGCACUUCUUCUCACCGCACCUGCUGCUCUACCGCUCUCAGGACGGCUGGGCUGAUGCCAACUUGCAGCCCACCAGCGGCAGUGUGUGGCAGCUCCUCAACGAGUACAUCACAGCCUAUCACGACGCCUGCAUGGCGUGCCAUGGAGGGGCAGCACCACCCACACAGGCUGAUUGCCGUGCAGCAGAGGAGGGGCAGAGGGCGUUUGAUGAGUACUUUGAGCAGCACGACCCCGCUGUGAACAUGCUGGGGCAGCUGUUUGGAGAGGAGUGGACGAAUGCCUACACCAACCGCUUCCUCUUCCCCCUCGCUGCUCCCCAUCACUCCACCACACCUCCCUCCUCCUCUCCCUCCGUCCUUUCUGUUUCUGCAAGCCCCAUCCGUCCUUCCUCCUCGCAUUACCCAUAG